GGGUUCGACUAACACCUUGGGCCUGCGCGCUGCGGGACGAGAAGAGUGGGGGCGGGGGGAUGUCUGCGGGCAAGAUGGCGGCUACUGCGGCCGGUGUGGGCCGGUUGGAGGAAGAGGCGUUGCGGCGAAAGGAACGGCUGAAGGCCCUACGGGAGAAAACCGGGCGCAAGCCCCAGGUGCUUGGGAACAAGCGGCCCCCAGGAAGGGGUCUCCUUCCCAUCACACACAGAAAUUGCCACCAGGCUGCCUGGUGGGAGCUGCCUGGCUUAGCGGAGAGCAUCUGCUUUGGAGCCAGGGAACUCAGGCUGCGGAACUAUGUCCCAGAGGAUGAGGACCUAAAGAAGAGAAGGGUGCCCCAGGCCAAGCCAGUCGCAGUGGAAGAGAAAGUGAAGGAGCAGCUGGAGGCCGCCAAGCCAGAGCCCAUCAUUGAGGAAGUGGACCUGGCCAACCUCGCACCCCGGAAGCCUGAUUGGGACCUCAAGAGAGAUGUAGCCAAGAAGCUGGAGAAGCUAGAAAAGCGGACCCAGAGGGCCAUCGCCGAGCUGAUCCGUGAGAGGCUGAAGGGCCAGGAGGACAACCUGGCCUCUGCAGUGGCGGCCACCACCACCGAACAAGAGGCUGGUGACUCCGACUGAGGCGUGCCCUAUCCCCUCGCCACCCGCCUUGCAGGCCUGUCCUUUAGGAUGAUGGUCUUGGGCAAGGGUAGGGGCUGGACUUGCCAUCACCUCCAGUUUGGCCUCAGAACAGUGACUCCCUGCCUAGCAGUCUGAACCCCACCCCUCCCCAUGCUGUGAGGUCGGCUCCUUGUCUCCUGAGUGGUCCCCACUGUGCUGAGUUGGGGCAGAGCCAGCAACAACUCUGUGGGCUUGCUGCAUCUCUACAUAUAUAUGUUAUUUUGAAUUUUUUUAAUGUCUGGAAAUAGAAACAAGCAGACCCCUGUGUAUGGCAGAAACCUACUGAAUAUUUGGGAUACUCUGGGUUUGGGCCCCAAGUCAGGGCAGCUGCAGAGGUGAUGUUUAAUAUGAGUAAGCCCUGUGUUGGGCUGAACAUGUUGAGGCUGGAGGGGUGGGGAAGGCCCAGGCCUGACCUUCUGGGUCCAGGUUCUGGUCCAGCCCUUGGUCAGCGGUGAUCAUCUCAAAAUCCUUGGCUGACAGAGAUAGGCCUUACAGUAGUUUGUGGGAUACCUUGGAGAGGCUCCCACCCUGGUCCUCUGUGGACCCCCCUCGCAGUGAGAAGGAAGCGACUGGGCCCAUGAAGGGGGUGAGCUGUGCCUUGGCAAAGCCUCGACUCUGGGCCACUACAGAUUUGGGGCCCAUGGCACUGCUCGUUCACAUUCCACCCACAGCCCCAGCAGCCCGUCUCCCCACUUCACCGGCCAGAGCUAGACGCUGGCUUCCCUGGCAGAGGGUGCCCGUAUGGGGGAGGGUGGCCCGUUCUGCUAAAGACUGGGGUAUUGUAGCCUGGGUUUCGGGGGUGGUCUUGGACCCUGGGUCCCCAAGGUCCUGGCUUUAGGACCGUGAGCCUCCUCCGUGGAGCUGACUCUCCAGAAUGACCAGCUGGCCACAAGUCUGCCUCCAGGUACCUGUGACCAUUUAGAGUUUCAUCUCCUCCAGGAUGAUCACACUUUUAAGUUUCCUUCAUGGUUUCCCCUUGAGCCUCCCGCCCCUGCCCUGAGUCAUCCCAGUGUGUUCCUCCCUCCGUGCCAGCUUCUAGGAACACAGUGGCCCAGCUCUGGUAGACGUGUGUGCACACAGACUGUCACUCAUACAAUAAAGUAAAUGGUUUAACUUAAAAUUAUGCAACUCCUCUAAGAAGAUAAUUCUUGGGAAGGGAGCAGAAACUGGCAGCUAUGAGUAAGGGCUGAAGUGGUAGGUGGCUGACUGCUGCGGUGGGACAAGGCCAGGACUGAUUCCCACAGGGACAGGGAUCAGACAUGCCCCACAGGUGUCAGGACUGGAGCCAGGCUCCCUCUGCAUAGCCAGGGUCUAGAGCUGCGCUUCCCUUCCUAGGAAUAAAGGGUGAAAAGAUGCCCCCACCUCCUGGGAUUGCAGUUGGAAGCAGGAUGUUUGUCUGUGGCAGUGUAGGACUCAGACACCUGUGACUGGCAACUAGGCUCCCACUCAGCUCCAGAGUAAGGAUAUCCCCACUGUAUGAGAGCCCAGAGAGUUAAUGAAAGGUUUGCUUCUGCAUUUACAGCCCCGUGUGCCCUACAGAACAACGGCCCUGCAGGGAGAGAGAAAAGCAAAAACUAUCACCCAUGAGGGACACUCAAAAAUUAUAAAAUGCAUGAGAAAAUCCAGUGCCGUAAAGAAUGGCCAGCAGCCCAACAAGUGGGAGAAUUUCUACUUGAAGAAAGUAAAACGAUAAUAUCCUAACAGGCUUUAAAAUGAGCAUUUGUUUUAUCACCAGUGAGAUCAAAGAGGGACUGACCCCCCUCCCACACACAACUCAAGAACAGGGAUGUGGUAUAAGAAACAACUGAUUAGAAAUCUUAGACAUAAAGAAUGUUUAUUUAUUUUUUAAAUUAAUUUAUUUAUUUUUGGCUGCGUUGGGUCUUCGUUGCUGCGUGCGGGCUUUCUCUCGUUGCGGAGAGCGGGGGCUACUCUUCGUGGCGGUGCACGUGCUUCUCAUUGCAGUGGCUUCUCGUGUUGUGAAGCACAGGCCCUAGAGUGCGUGGGCUUCAGUAGUUGUGGCACGCAGGCUCAGUAGUUGUGGCUUGCGGGCUCUAUAGUGCAGGCUCAGUAGUUGUGGCGCAUGGGCUUAGUUGCUCCGCAGCUUGUGGCAUCUUCCCGGACCAGGGCUCGAACCCAUGUCCCCUGCCUUGGCAGGUGGAUUCUUAACUGCUGAGCCACCAGGGAAGCCCAAGAAUGUUUAUUAAAAUAAGAAACUCACUGGAGGAGCUAAAUGAUAACUUAUAGUCAAAGAAGGGAUUAAUAAAUUGGAAGUAAAGUUGAAGAUCCAAAAGGUGGCAGAGAGAGAGAAAGAAGGAGAGAGAGGGGAUAGGUCGAGAACCCUGAUGUACUGGUAGCUGUCCUUUAGCUGAUAGGAAUUCGUUCGGGAAAAGAAAACUGGAGGAAAAAAGGUACUUGAAGAAGGAGUAGCAAUCACUUCUGUUUCUGGCAUCUCGGUAGGAUGGUUGCCUGAACUGAUCUUCCCUUGGAAAACAGCUAAAAAUACUAGGUAAAUAAGUAUUGACAAAUGCUUUUUAAAUGAAUCAGUGAUCUGGCAAGAAAGCAAGGAAUACUCAGGCCAAAAUGUAAGAGAAGCGGCAGAAUGCUGAAGCCUGACCUUUGCCCUGAAGGUAUUUGACAAGCCAGGUGAAAUCGAGCCUUGGUUUUGGAGGCCCUCAGUGCCUGGUGGGGCCCCAAAGGGCAGCACCCUCUGUGAACUAAUAAUCAGUCUGUACUCUUGGCAUCCCAAGGGGAACUUGAACCCUGCCAAUUACUGGAGUAGAAUAAAGUCUCCAUUGAGAACUGAGGCAGCCCUCCCUUAUGUGGGUUUGCACAAGAGAAACCUCAGGCCAAGAUUUACAGUGGUCCCAGAAUGUGGUGGUCUCAGACACUUGAUAGAAGGAAAUGCAGAUCCGACCUGAAUGAAUCUUUAUUCAUCUUAGUCCUCAAAGAAUCCCCACCAAUAAAGUUCCAAGAAAGAGGAAUAGCUUACAGAAAAGUUCACCAGAUAUACUAGGCAACAGAGCACUCAGAGCAAAGGACAUCAGAAAGAACAUGGUAGCAUGAGAGUUGCAAAGACUUCAGACAUUAGAAUUAUCAGUCAGAUAAUUUCAAUGUUUAAAAAUGAUUUAAGAACUAAAAGAGAAGCUUGAAAACCAGAAUAGAUUUGCAGAAGAACCAAAGUGAUGCUCUAGAAGUAAAAAUUAUUAUAGCAAUUUAAAACCUUGUACCUGUGAAUUAGAGCCAAAGAGAUAAUUUGUGAAUAGGAAGCUAGAUCUGAAGAGGUUUUCCAGAAUGCAGCCAGCGCGAUAAACAGGUCAGUAAUGUAAAACAAGAGGCUAAGAGAUAUGAAGGAUAGAGUGAGAAGAUCCAACUUGUGGUUGGAGUUCCAGGGGGAAAAAAAGGCAAAAAUGGGGCAAAGGUCAUUUUUGUUUUAAAUGACUGAACUUUUCAAAAUCACCAGUCCACAGAUUCGAGGUCGACAAUUCUCAAGCUGGGCAACCAAAAGACAUCUGCAGUCAAAUGUUCUGUCUCUUGUUAUGGGUGGUGUUUCAUUAGGUAUGUUCACUUUGCGAAUAUUCAUUGAGCUGUACAUAUAUGUUUUGUGCACUUUUUGUAUGUUCAUUACAGCUCAAUAAGCAAGUUUGCCUCAAGUUUUUUUCACACUUCGUAUUAAUUAUAAAUUGCUGCAUACAAAUUACCCCAAAUCUCUGUGGCUUAAAACAACAAAUCAUUAUUAUCUGACAGUUUCUGUGGAUCAGGAAUUCAGGAGUGGCUUAGCUGAGUUGUUCUAGCUUGGGGUCUCUUUGAAGUAGCCAUCAAGAUGUCCUCCAGGGCAGCAGGCAUCGCAGGGCUCGACUGGGGCUGGAGGAUCUGCUUCAGGACCGUUUCCACUCCCAGGGCUCACAGGAAUACUUAGAGAAGCAUCACACACACAGAGUUCUUGCCGCGUGGACCUCUCCAUAAGGCUUGCAUAAGUGUUCACAUGUGGUAGCAGCUGGCUUUCCCCAGAGUGAGCGAUCCCAGAGAUGAAGCAGGAGGAAGCUUUAGGGUCUUUUAUGACCAGGUCUUGGAAGUGAUAUUCUGCUACAGUCCAUUUGUCGCUGCGUCCAGCCCACACUCAAAGGGAGAAGAAUUAGGUUCCACCUGGAGGUGGAGUCUAAGAAUUUGUGGAGUCUUAAGAAUUUAUUUUAAAACCAGUACAUACCUGGACACAUUGUAAUAAAUUGUCAGAACAAAAAGACCAAGAAACAAUCUUAAAAUUAGAGAAGAUUAUAUUUUCUUUCAAAGAGCAAGCCCACAGCCAAUGUCUCAAACACAGCCGGUGUUAACUGGAAUGGUACCAUCUGGCAUCAGUGUUAACUGGACAAAAGGUAAUUGUCAACUUGAAAUUCUAUACCCAGAGAAAAUAUGUUACAAGUACAAAAUAUUUUUAGACAAAAUCAGAGGUUUUGUCACCAGCAGACUUUUAAAAAAAAUCUAUCUUGAGGUGAUGAAAAUAUUCUAAAAUGGAUUAUAUUGAUGGUUGUACAAGUCUGUGAAUAUGCUAAAAGCCAUUGAAUUGUACCUUUAAAUGGAUGAAUUGUAUGAGGUAUAUAUUAUAUCUAAA